UCUCCAUUUUUUUCGCAAACAAACUCUCCCUUCUCCAUCCAUCUUCCCGCUUAAUCCUCCUUCCAUCUUCCCCCUACCAAUCGCCGGAAACUCCAAAACUAAUCUCAUCUUUCCUCUCCUAUCAAUCCACCCACCGCCGCCGGCCACCAUGAACGACCUCUUCACCUCCAGCUCCUUCAAGAAAUACACGGACCUGAAGCAACAGAUCCAUAUAGAUGACGUCGACGCCGGCGGCGGCAACGCCAAAAACCUCGAGAAAUUCUUCCAAGACAUUGAAAUCAUCAAAGAAGAAAUCAAAACUCUCGAACAACUCUACCGCCGCCUCCAAGACCUGAACGAAGAGACCAAAUCCGCCCACAACGCCAAAAUGAUGAAAUCCCUCCGUUCUCGAAUGGAUGCCGAUACAGAACAAGUUCUCCGGCGAGCCAAAUCUGUGAAACAGAAGCUCGAAUCCCUCGACCGGGCCAACAAAGCUAAUCGAAACAUUCCUGGCUGUGAGCCGGGCUCUUCUGUAGAUCGAACCAGAACUACCGUGGUAGCUGGGUUGGGGAAAAAGCUGAAGGAUCUAAUGGAUGAAUUCCAGAACCUGCGAGCUCGGAUUGCGGCUGAUUAUCAGGAAAUGGUGGGGAGAAGGUAUUAUACUGUUACAGGAGAGAAACCGGAUGAAGAAACUAUAGAGAUUUUGAUAUCGAGUGGUAAAGGUGAAAGCUUUUUGCAGAAGGCGAUACAGGAACAGGGGAAAGGUGAGAUCUUGGAAGCCCUUAGUGAAAUUCAGGAAAGGCAUGAUGCUGUGAAGGAGAUAGAGAAGAGUUUAAUGGACCUGCAUCAGGUGUUCUUGGACAUGGCUGUGGUUGUUGAAGCACAGGGAAUGCAGAUUAAUGAUAUUGAGAGCCAUGUUGCUCAUGCGAGCUCUUUCGUUAGGAGGGGCACGGUUGAGCUUCAGGAAUCUAAGGUUUAUCAGAAGAGCUCAAGGAAAUGGUAUUGUCUUGCCUUCUUGCUUGGCACUGUGCUUCUUCUUAUUCUUCUUACGCCUGUUCUUAUUACUUUCAUUAGAUCUAUGUGAGAUGAGGAAGAUGAUGAGACUGGUUUUUUAUUUUUGAUCAUUGGAUUAUGAAGAGGGGAGCUUGUGGAGGGAAUUCAUCUGCGUUGAAGUGUUAUGUUCUUUCUAAAUUAUAAAAUGCUUGCAAGACAUUCAUUAUGUAGUAGGAAGAGAGACUGAUAUUUUCAAAGAAAAGCAAGUCGUUUGCAUAUAACAUCAAUAACAUGGUGUUGGCUAAUGCCAACUCAUUCAUAGGAUGAUGAUAAUGUAACUUCAAUCAAUAUUGGUUAUAUCUCUUAGACAAUGGUGAAUAUGAUUUUAGGUUCUAUCACAAUAAUGAUUUGUGCUUUAGGUCAUCUCCAACCGAAAAUCCCAUUUUCCACUUUAAAAUGACAUAAAACUUCAAAAUGCGGCAGUUCAUCUCCAACGGAACUCCAAUUUUCUUUUUUCGCGCGUUUCUUUUGCGAAGGUAACCAUCUCUCUCCUGUUUUGCAUGCUUCCUGCGAAGCUAAGCAGAGUGUGAAGGUAAUCUUUUUUUUUUUUGCAUAGGUGAAUAGUCGGAUGCCAAUAUUGGCGUUGCACUGUUCACCUACCGAUUUUGGCGUGAGAUUUGGAGUUUCAAUGCAACGAUUCACGGACUGCAUACAAUGGUAUGCAGUUCGAUUGGAUAUGAUCUUAGGCUUAGUUUGUAAUAAUUU